UAGUAAGCUCAUUACAGAGCUCAUUCUUUUUGCCUGAAACAUCCCUCCAUCUGUUCUUUGUAAGACUGGCAUCUUAUCAUUCAGGCCUCGGGUUGAAUGGUAUCACCUCAGAAAAUCCUCUAACUAUCCUGUGAGUAGGUCCUUUUCUUCUAAUGUCUUUUGUGUUAUGUUUUAAUGACUUUAUAGCACUUACUAUCAGAAUUCCUUUUCAACUGUUUUUGCCUUGCCUCCUUCACUAGAAAUGUAUAGGUUCUGAGAGCAGAAUUUAUUCACUUCUCUAGCCUCAUGCCCAGUACCAGUAAGUGAAAGAAUUAGAGGUCACGGAUUGGGAGGGUUGGAAGUGUGGGCUUUCAUCUAAGAAAAUGAUAAUUUUUUUAAAAGUGCUCUAUUUUUGGAGUAGUAUCUUACUGUAGCCAUUUCUCACCUUGUUGGACCACAGCUUUAUGACUAGGAAGAACAUUUUUGGGUUCUUUCCAAAAGGGAUGUCUUGACCUAUUAACUAUUAUCUUUUGCUUUUGUAGAGACGCUCUCCUGGUCUGCGUUCUGACCCUUCUUUGGAACAGAGCUUAAGGAUCACUGUUGGCAAUGACCGCUUCUGUGUCGGCAUACCAGAACGACGGCGGCUUAGUGAUAGAUUGGGUUCACCAGUGGAUAAUCUGGAAGACAUGGACAGGGAUAACUUGACUGAUGAUUCUGUCUUCACUCGAAGUUCCCAAAGCACUCGAGGUCUUGAACGAUAUAUUUCCCGGGAGGAGAGGCCUCUCAGUCCCUUCUUGGGACAGCUAGAUGAGGACUACCGAACAAGAGAAACUUUCCUGCAUCGUUCUGAUUAUAGUCCCCAUAUCAGUUGUCAUGAUGAUAUGUUGCAUGGAACAGAACGGAGUAGAGACAAACUCAAAGGCUCCUACUCUGUACGACCUGAGGAAAGGAGCCGGGAGGCCAAACGGCCCCGUUAUGAUGACACAGAGAAGACGCAUAGCAUGGGAAGUGAUCACCCAAGUUUUACAUCAGGGACCCGCAACUAUCGACAGCGUAGACAGAGCCCAGGCCCUAGGUUUCUAGACCCUGAGUUUCGAGAGCUGGACCUUGCCAGGCGAAAACGAGAGGAAGAGGAGGAACGAAGUAGGAACUUGAGUCAGGAGCUGGUGGGAGUUGAUGGUGGUGGCACAAGCUGUUCCAUCCCUGGAUUGUCAGGUGUGCUAACAGCAUCAGAACCAGCAUAUUCUUUACAUCGGCCUGAGGAGGUAUCUGUGAUGCCCAAGAAGUCGAUUCUGAAGAAGCGGAUUGAGGUGGACAUGGAACCUUCUAUGCAGCUUGAGAGUUUUUCCAGCAGUACCAGCUGCAGCCAGGAUCAUUCUCUCUACUCUGGACACCCAUCUGUUCCACUGAGUGGUGCUAUUGAUGCUUUUGCUUCAGAGCUUGAAAACAACAAGGGGACUAUGGUAGAGACUACCCUGAAGGAACCUCAGGGCAACCUCUACCAAUGGGGUCCCCUCCCUGGGAUGACCAAGGACAACAGUCCUCUCCGAGAGAAGUUUGGAAGUUUUCUGUGCCACAAAGGGAAAUUGGAUAUGAAGCCUGAGGGACCUGAGCGGCACACAGACUUCUUGCUGCCCCAUGAGAGAGCUAGCCAGGAUGGCAGUGGUUUUUCCCGCAUUCUGAGCAUGUUGGCAGAUUCUACCAGUACACAGGAGAAAAGGCGACGUAGCUUCCCUGACAUUGAGGAUGAGGAGAAGUUUCUCUAUGGAGAUGAAGAAGAGGAUUUAAAGGCAGAAUCUCCACCGAAGCCCCUUGGGGGCUCCGAGAGUGAAGUUUUGAGGCAGAAAGCAAGCUCUUCCCUGCCAUCUUCAGUUCCAGCUGUAAAGCUAGAAUCAAUAGAAGAGACCAAUCCAGAAUAUGCCAAGAUUCAUGACUUGCUCAAGACCAUAGGCCUGGAUAUUGGGGUAACAGAGAUUAGUCAAUUGGCUGCACGCACCCAGGAACGACUUCAUGGCAAGAAGCCAUCACGUUCCUCCACUGACCGCUGUUCCUCAGUUGACCGCCGUUUCUCAGCUGAUCGACAUUCCUCAGAUCCUCACAAAUUGGAGAGCAGGGAGGCACACCAUAGCAAUACCCACUCCCCGGAGGUGUCCCGUCCACAUCCAGUCUCCCCUGUGGAUCCUUACCUGCUCACAAAAAACAGCCCCCCAUUCCUAAAGUCUGACCAUCCAGGGGGUCAUAUUGCAGGACCAGAGGUGGUUGGCAGUGGGUUUCAGUCGUCUGUUGCAGUCAGGUGCCUGUUGCCAUCGGCCCCAUCCGCCCCAGUUAGACUUCCACACACUGCUUCUUUAUCUCAGUUUCAUGUGCCAAGAGCCUCUCAGUUUGCUGCAGCUCGGAUACCUUCAAACUACCAGGGUCCUGCCAUUCCCCCUGCUUCCUUUGAUGCCUAUAGGCAUUACAUGGCAUAUGCAGCCUCAAGGUGGCCCAUGUACUCCACCUCACAACCAUCAAAGCACCCUCUACCUGACCCACACAGGGUAAUGCCAGUUACCAAACAAGCUACUCGUAGCCGUCCCAAUCUUCGUGUGAUCCCCACUGUGACUCCUGCUGAGCCCAAACAGGAUGAGUUAGUGCUAGGCUCAAUUCCUACUGCACAAUUGCCUGUCCAGGUGACCAUCCCAUCGCUCAUAAGAUAUAAUCCGGAAAAGAUCUCUGAUGAGAAGAAUCGUGCUUCCCAGAAGCUGAAGGUUAUUGAAGAGAGGGAAAAGCUAAAGAGUGACAGGGAAGCUCGCCAGAAGAAAAUGUACUAUCUCAGGACUGAGUUGGAACGACUUCAUAAACAACAAGGGGAAAUGCUGCGCAAGAAACGAAGGGAGAAGGAUGGCCACAAAGACCCACUCCUGGUGGAAGUGAGUCGGCUUCAGGAUAACAUUAUGAAGGACAUCGCAGAACUUCGACAAGAGGCAGAAGAGGCCGAAAAGAAGCAAUCUGAACUGGACAAAGUGGCUCAAAUCUUGGGAAUUAACAUUUUGGAUAAAUCCCAGAAGUCUUCAAGUGACAGUAAGGAGCCUACAGAGAAGCCUGGGAAAGCAGAAAAAUCUAAGAGCCCAGAAAAAGUGUCAUCGUACUUAAACUCCUCUUCGAACAACAAGGAAUCAAAGGUAAACAUUGAGAAUUCUCGUACUAAGAGCCCUAAGCCUGUGGAGAGCCUCCAGUCAGCUACUAAGCAGUCUGAUCAGCCCAUUGCUGCCUAUGAGUAUUAUGAUGCUGGCAGUCACUGGUGCAAGGACUGCAACACCAUCUGUGGGACCAUGUUUGACUUCUUCACCCAUAUGCACAAUAAGAAGCACACACAGACACUGGAUCCCUACAACAGACCUUGGGCUUUAAAGACCCAGAGUGAGGCCAAGCAAGAUACCACAAAGCGCACUGACAAGAUAACUGUUCCUGCAAAAGGCUCUGAGUUUCUGAUUCCCAUCACUGGAUAUUACUGCCAGCUCUGUGAGGAAUUUUUGGGGGAUUCAAUUUCUGGAGAGCAACAUGUGAAGGGUCACCAACACAAUGAGAAAUAUAAGAAAUAUGUGGUCGAAAACCCGUUGUAUGAGGAGCGGCGGAAUCUGGACCGCCAAGCUGGCUUGGCUGUGGUCCUAGAGACAGAAAGGCGACGUCAGAGUGAGCUAAAACGCAAACUUACUGAGAAACCAAAGGAAGAGAAGAAAGAAAAAAAGGCAAAGAUUAUGAAAGACAUAAAGGAAGAUGACAAGGUCUCUGAGGAAUUAGAGGACCAGCUCUAUGAGGAUGGGAACUCCCCUGAAAAGGAUGAAAACAAGAGGAAGAGUAGCAUCAAACUCCAAUUAAAAGAAGAAGUAAAGAAAGAAUCACCAGCAUCUUCAUCUUUUGGGAAAUUCAGCUGGAAGAAACCAGAAAAAGAGGAGGAAAAAAGUUCAGUGGCCCAAAGUAUGCCCAAGGAAGAGAUUGUGGAAAGCAGUAAGGACAAAGAGGAUAGCAAAGCUGAAGCUGGGAAGGCAAAGCCCAUCAAAAUCAAGCUCUCUGGGAAAACUGUUGUUGCACAUACUAGCCCUUGGAUGCCUGUUGUGACAACUUCAACCCAGACUAAGAUCCGACCCAACCUGCCUAUCCCAUCAACAGUGCUCCGCAAGUCAGGGUCAGCCACAGUCAGCAAGCCAGCUCCUCUUAACACUUUUCUAUCCAUCAAGUCCUCUGGAACCACUGCUAAGCCUCUGCCAGUGGUUAAAGAGUCUUCAUCUGAUCUCCUCUUGCCUCCUGACAUCAUCUCCAAAGCAUUUGGAGGGGAGGAGGUGAUUCUAAAAGGGUCUCCAGAGGAAAAAAUGGUGCUGGCUGAAAAGAAUGAGCCAUCCCAUAUACCUGAACAAAUGCUCCCGCCUCCUCCACCACCUCCU